UGUGUGGGGGACUACUUUAUUCCCGACGACUAGAGACGGCCACCACGAGGCGGGCGUUCACCCAUCACAGCCACCGACCUCCCUGACAUUCCCUGCGAUUAAAGUUAUGAUGAAAUCGGUUGCCUCGAUGUCCGUAUUGGUGGAAUCACCCUAUGAUACUAGUUCGACUUCUGAGGCGGAGUCUACCCCAAAUGAUGUCGACCUCUAUGCCCUCGCCGAUAUACCGGACGAUGACAAGAAAUGGAAAGACCUGUCAUACCAAGAACGGUUAAAAUGGGUCAUAGCAGCAAUCCUGAAGCCAGUUGUUUUAGUCGGACUUCUGUACCUGUUUAUCUGUUCACUGGAUGUUCUUAGUGCAGCAUUCAAAUUGCUGGGAGGGAAGGCUGCAGGCGAAGCUCUGUCCAAUAAUGAGGUCCUUCAGAACCCUGUGGCGGGCCUCAUGAUUGGAAUACUUGUGACCGUGCUCGUGCAGAGUUCUUCCACAUCAACCUCCAUCGUGGUCUCUAUGGUAUCCGCUGAAAUUCUGACAGUAAAGCCUGCCAUACCAAUCAUAAUGGGUACUAACAUUGGUACAACUGUGACCAACACAAUAGUUGCCCUGGGACAGACAGCGGACAGGAGCCAAUUUCGGAGGGCAUUUGCUGCAGCUACCCUGCACGACAUGUUCAACUGGUUGUGUGUCAUCAUUUUACUUCCAGUUGAGGUCAUAUCCGGUUAUUUGUUUGAAGUAUCCAAUGCCAUUAUACAGACAUUACCAAACACCGAGAAUAAUGGCACAAAGGAAAAUCCAGAGUUCCUGAAAGUUCUCACCAAGCCGCUUACUAGCAGAAUUGUAUCCCUUGACAACACUGCUAUAAAUAACAUUGCCAAAGGAGACGGUCCGACCAAUAUCAGUAUUAUAAAGGAAGGUGAUCACCUGUUUUCGGAGACGACUUGGAGUGACCCGGCUGUGGGAGCCCUUCUCCUAGUAGCAUCCUUACUUACCUUAUGUGCGUGCCUUGUUCUGAUCGUAAAGUUGCUUCAUUCCAUUUUGAAAGGAAAGAUUGCGCGUCUCACUCGUAAACUGUUCAACGGUAAAUUCGACGGCUGUGUUGGCUUUCUGUCCGGACUGGUAGCUAUUGUUGUAGGGGCCGGCCUAACCAUCCUUGUCCAGAGCAGUUCUAUCUUCACGUCGGCAAUCACACCACUGGUCGGCGUCGGUGUUAUCCACAUCGAGCGAAUGUACCCGCUGACCCUUGGGGCAAACAUUGGCACGACAGGCACGAGUAUACUGGCAGCUUUGGCAUCAUCGGGCAAUUUUUACGAAUCGUUUAAACUUUCACUAUGUCAUCUAUUCUUUAAUCUUACGGGAGUUUUCCUGUUCUACAUUAUCUAUCCGCUCCGAAAAUUGCCUAUAAAUGCUGCCAAAUACAUGGGAAACGUCACGGCCGAGUACCGAUGGUUUGCCAUUGCAUACUUAAUUCUUCUAUAUUUUCUGUUUCCCGCUAUCAUCUUUGCCCUCUCGCUUGCUGGAGUGGAAGUUUUAAUGGGAAUCGGCAUCCCGUUUCUUGUUAUGGUUGUGAUAAUAAUGGUGAUUAAUGUUCUUCAGAAUAAACGCCCGAAAGUCUUGCCUACAACACUGCGAUCAUGGGACUUCCUACCGGAGUGGCUACGCUCCCUCGCUCCGUAUGAUAGGGUCGUAGUUCGGGUUAAAAGAACUGUAUGUAAAUGUGGAAACAAUGACGGAAAUAAUAAUAAAGACUGCCUGUCAGAGAGACAUAGCAAAAACUUUUACGAUCUCAAUGUAAAUUCAUUUCAAAAUACGGCUUUCCGACCCGAUGACAAGGAAGGAACAAAAAUGUGAGACAAGAUGUUUUGAGGCACAGUCAAAGACGUAACGGAAAUGCAAAAUCCAUUGUAGUAAGAAAAUAUAAUUAUCCUCCGUCCAAGACAGUCAUUAUUAAAAGCAUCUAUAUUACGUUGGAGUAGCUCACAUAAACAUUUCCCUUCCCUUUAGAAGAAACCUAGACUGACCCUCUGUCUCUAGAAUUUUGAAAUUAUGAAUAAAAUUGAUCUUUAUGAUUUUUUUUUGCCUCUAGGAUAUGUCUGAUUUUGUUUCAAAGUAGGUAACUAGAUAAGAAUUUAGCUGAGU